GGAAAGCCAAGAGGUUUAAGAACUGCUCGUAAACUCAAAAAUCACCGCCGAGAGCAAAGAUGGCACGACAAAAAUUACAAGAAGGCCCAUUUGGGAACAGCUCUUAAGGCUAAUCCCUUCGGUGGUGCCUCUCACGCCAAAGGAAUCGUUCUUGAGAAAGUGUAAGUUGUUAUAGUUGUUGUUUCUUCAUAUCCUUGCUCCAUUCUUGUGCAUAUUAAUUUCGAUGAGAAGGAAGACCAAGAUGUGAGACUUGAGAGAAGUGUGGACCAUUGCGAGUAAAUUGAGGAUUUAUUUUUGAGCUUUUUUUUUCGCAGUCGAAAUCUCGACUUUUUAGCCGUUUAUAACCAGUACAUAUUUAUCUUGUUUUAAUAUGCUAUAAUUAAAAUCUUUGUUUUACUUAAACCAAUUUUUGACACAAGUGUAAGUGAUCAUUAGUGGCUAUGAUUUUCACUAGCGACUGAGUCGGAGUCGUAAUCAGAAGCGUAGAGCUUAUGAUCUAAUGAAAACAGCGUUCUGAUGCUGCUCAUGAUUCUGUCGCUUAUGUUCUGCUCAUGAUCUAAUGAAAACCAGAUUGUCGGAGUUGGAAGCUGAAGCAGAAGAACCAAACCAAUGACAAAGUGUGGGAACGUGCAUUGUGAUUGGUUUAUACUUCUGCUUCUGCUUUUGACUCCGACAACCCUCUAGAUUGUUAUAAUGAUUUAACCAGGGGCAUGAUCUGACUGGGGUGAACCACACACCCUCAGUUUCUAUGACAAUAUAACAGAACAAUAGAAAGUUGUGUGUUUUUCUCUUCCUUUGGUAUUUUUAUUGUAUAGACUAUAAAGAAAUAGUUUUUAGAUGUCAGUAUAAAAAGGAUUUUCUAUAAGAAUGGAGUGAUGCCCGAGGUUAGAGUCACUGGGCUGAGGCACUCUAUGACUGCUCAGUGCUAUUUCCUCGAAAAACGAAGUGUGUUCUUAUUCACUGGGUGGCCUGUGACAGUCAUGCCGAUAAUUCAGAUUAACCCAGUCACCUGCUCACAGACAUUUUGGACAUUAAACUAAUGGUGGUUUGGUUAGUGCAGGCCUUGUGGUCUGAGGAAGUGCAAGUAUUUUGACUAACUAAGAAUAACUUUUACUUGAAUUGCUUAUUUUCUUUAAUUUACAUUGUUUAGUGUUAACAUUUGGAAAUUUAUGUUACCUAAGUCUGUUAAGCUGUUUCUACAGUAGGGCUGUCGCUAAAUUUCAAGGUGCCAGGUGUAUGAGAAUUAAACAGCUACAAGGUUCUUUUGAUGCUGUUUCCAUUUUGUUUCCUAUGAUAGUAGAGGGGUUCAUGCUUAUAAGACAGUGGAACCUCAAUGUAACAAACCUCAAUAUAACAAGUCAAAUAAGUAGUCAGUAUAACGAGCAAGAUUUUCUUCCGCAGUAGUCGUAAACUAUAUGGAACUAUAUGCUUAAUAUAAUGAAACCUUGUUUUAGCAAAUUAUUUUGCCAGGCCCUUGACCUUUGUCAUUUUCUAGGGUCCACUUUAGCAGGGGGAAAUCUCCUGUCCUCAGCCUUUAAUGACAGUCCCUUACAAUUUGCCUUGCUGGUGACACAUUUUUAUAUUUAAACUGUGGCUUUUGUGACUUUUCACAGAGGUGUUGAAGCCAAGCAGCCCAACUCUGCUAUCCGAAAGUGCGUGCGUGUACAGCUGAUUAAGAAUGGAAAGAAGAUCACUGCCUUUGUGCCUAAUGAUGGUUGCCUUAAUUUUAUUGAAGAAAAUGAUGAAGUUUUAAUCUCUGGUUUUGGCAGAAGAGGUCACGCUGUUGGUGAUAUCCCUGGAGUGCGAUUCAAGGUUGUUAAGGUUGCCAACGUGUCACUUCUUGCUCUGUUCAAGGAGAAAAAGGAACGUCCUCGAUCUUAAUUUUCCAGUUACAAGAAUAAACUUGUGUAAAGUGCUUGAAUGUUUCCUUUAUUUCUGUUUAUUAAUAAUGCUUAAGGUAAAGGUCCUUAUUUUACGUAUGAUUCUUCAUUUGACAGACAAACUUUAGGCCAAUGGUGCACUCAUUCCCCCCCCCAACCUCUCUCCAUCAGUGCUCUGUUUGUUUUAUGGGUAAAGCAACAUGGUUAAAAGGUUAAGGUUAAAGGCACGUUUAUAGUGGAAGGUGCACUUAGCUAGUCAGCUAAUUUACAAGCACUCCACUCAAAUAUUUAGAAACAAAUAAUUCAAAUACAACAUAACAGGAUUAAAAACCCCAACUGGCAGAAGGCAACCAGUUGGCUAUUUACAAGCGUGGUCGAGAAUUUAAACUCGGGACGACCGAGCUCAAAUCCAGCAAGUGGCCAGAGCGGGACUCGAACCCGGGACCGCCGGAUUGCGAGUCCAACGCGCUGACCACUCGGCCACGCUGCCUCCCAAGAAAAAAGAAAAAUGAAAAGAAAAGAAGUCAAAAGUAGGGUGUUGAGACCUCUGGCACAUAAUAUUGUGCAUUAACCGACUCUUAAUCCUUGCGCCUACAUUAAUUGAAUCCGGGGCAUGCCACAUCCUCUUUGACAAGAGGGAGUCGACUCAUUUUGCAGUUAUGUCACUCAAUCAUGACAUACACAUACGGUUUCUUACUUCCCAUAAAAUGCAAUAAGUAUUUGGUGCAAAAAGCUUGGUGUCAUGUGCUGGUGCUUCCCUCCAUUCUUGUUAACGUGUUGGAAAUUCAGUCCAAUGCCAUGUACUUGUUACUGUGGUGUGAAUCAGCAAAUUGCGCAAAGAAGCUGUUGUCUCGAUAUACAUGUUAUUGACCAAGCUUGAGGUCAAGAUGGCUGAUAUUGGCCAGGUUCUUUCUUGUACUUUUAUGGACCAAGGCUAAGAAUGAGGUUAAUAUUCAGCCAUUUUGACCUAACAAGCUUGUUCAAUAAAGGAUUUAUUUUGUGGCUAAAACAAAAUCUUUUUGUGCAAAACAAAGCAGUAAAUCCCACACAGGUAAGAUAAACUUAUUUUGCCUGUGCAGACAGCCAUUCAGAAUGAUGGAUAUGCUUCAUCUUAACUGUCUGAUGAACCAGCC